GUUCUUUUACAGUCGUUUCAUUGUCUUUCUACCUCCGCUUCCAUUCUAAAUCUCCCGGCGAACAAAAUUACCGGCAACAAAGCCUCGCCGAAGAAGUGAAGUUAUGGCGGGCAUGGCUGUGGUGGCAGGAUCGAGACAUUGGAACGCUUUUAUUCAAGCUCUAGUUCUGAUAUCUCUAUUGUUUUCGACUCUCUCCAGCGCUUACCGACCUGGAGAUAUCGUCCGGAUGAGCAAAAUGGGGCAAUAUCACUCUUCGAGAACGACUUGGCAUGAUGUGAUCGGAAAACAUUGCCCGAUCUUCGCCGUUAAUCGUGAGGUGUUGAUCCCCAUAGCGAAACCAAUUGGCUACACAGGAACUGAUCCUUAUAAGAUAAAAUUCCAAGUUGGAAGUGAGAAAUUUCUGAUUCACUGGCUUUUGGUCAUAAACCGUAAGAGCUCAGAAGUGCCCAUGAUCGAUGUAAAUUUGAGAUAUUCUGGUGGUGAUCUGCUUGGAGUCACAGCUGAAGUUAUGGAUAUGCCCCAUAGCUAUUUGAAUACACACCCGGAGAUCCACAAACUGUUCUGGGAUCCUCAACACUGGCCAAAACAUGUUCUUGUUAGAUACACAUGGAAAGAGCAGUCAGAGAUUGAUGUAUCCUCAGGAUUUUAUGUCCUCUUUGGCUCAGCUCUCACAUUCUCUUUUGUACUCUCCAUUUACGUCUUACAAUCUUCACGAGAGAAGCUGGCGAGGUUUGUAAGAGAGACGGUAGUAGAGAGCAGCAGCACAAAUGUUGGAGAAUUUGGCAAGGUGGAGUGAGUCAUAGUGAAAGUAUAUGUAUGUUUCUGCAGUUUAUACUUGGAAUUGGUCUUUCAACUCUCUCUAUCUAGGAUUAACCUGAGUUGCUUAAAACAGAACCAGAGAAAAGAAGAGAUUCUUAUCAAACAUGAAUUGUCUAAAGAAAAACUUUGUCCUUGUAAGUUGUAACCUUUUGGUUUAAUAGAAUUUAAGUUUCGUGAUU